AUGGCCACAGACUGGAAACAGCGUGCCCAAGCAAAGCGGGACUCUGUCAAUGCCCUAAUUCCAAAAGAGCACCUCCUCGAAAAGAUCCCCAGCGUGGAAGAACAACGCGAUGUCACUGGGAAAUACAUCCAACAAUUCCUUACAGACCGAGAAAUCGAGAUCACAGAAACGACAGCGGACGACAUAGUCAAGCGGACAGUUCGCGGAAUCUGGAGCGCAGUCGAGGUCACGAAGGCCUUCUGCCACCGAGCAGCGAUUGCUCACCAGCUCGUAAACUGCCUCCAUGAAAUCUUCUUCGAUGCCGCGAUUCAGGAUGCGCAGAAGCUAGAUGACUACUUCGCCGAGCACAAGACGCCCAUCGGUCCCCUCCAUGGCUUACCGGUUAGUCUGAAAGAUCAAUUCCACGUCAAAGGUGUCGAGACGACGAUGGGAUAUGUGGGUUGGAUAGGCACCUUCCAAGGCAAGACAGGAACCGGCAAAGAGAAGUUCGUCGAGAGCGAAAUGGUGCGGGAGCUGCGAGACUUGGGUGCUGUGCUAUACUGCAAAACGAGUGUUCCGCACUCUCUGAUGUCCGGAGAAACUGCCAAUGCCAUCAUUGGCUACACUACGAAUCCGAAGAAUAGAAAUCUCUCUUGUGGAGGAAGCUCAGGCGGAGAAGGGGCUCUAAUCGGGCUGAAGGGCUCACCGGUCGGCUUUGGCACAGAUAUCGGCGGCUCGAUUCGCAUUCCGGCUGCCUUUUGCGGUCUGUAUGGUAUCAGACCCUCCACUGGACGAAUGCCCUACGAGGGUAUGGCGAAUUCCAUGGACGGACAGAACUCUAUUCUAUCGGUAGUCGGACCCCUAGCAACGAGUGUAGCAUCUUUGCGACUUUUGAUGAAGAGCCUGCUGAGCCAGGAACCGUGGCUCCAUGAUCCCCUAGUUCAUGAGAUCCCCUGGCGGUACGAGCAGCAAAGGAAGAUACUUGAAUUGACUGGCGCGAUUGGAGAUGCCUCGAAAGUUGGGAAACUGGCGUUUGGGUUACUGGAGCAUGAUGGAGUGGUCGCUCCUACCCCUCCUAUUCGUAGGGCGUUGGAGAUAGUUAAGAAGUCCAUGGUAGACUUAGGACAUGAGGUCAUCGAAUGGAAACCUCCUUCACACCAAAGGAUUGUCGAUGUCGGGUUCAAAACCUGGGCAUUUGAUGGUGGUGAGGAUAUCCAUGGCGCCUUGGGUCUUUCCGGAGAGCCUCCCAUACCCCAGAUCGCGUUAUACGGCGACAAGGCCAUCGAGCAAUUCAAAGCCUCAGAAAUCGCCGCCGUCAACGUCACUAUCCGAGAGUUACGAAAAGAGUACAUGGAAUACUGGAACAGCACCAAAGAGCUCACAGGCACAGGAAGACCCGUUGAUGCCGUGAUAUGCCCUGCGGCCCCGUUCCCCGCAGCACGACCCGAAAAGUAUCACUAUUACGGAUACACUACGUUCGUCAAUCUACUGGACUAUACUGCGGUGGUUGUGCCGGUCACUACGGUUGAUAAGGAGGUCGAUAAGCUUGAUGAGAGCUUUGAGCCGGCGAGUAAGAUAGACAAGGCGUGUUAUGAGAGCUACGAUCCUGCAGUAUACGACGGCGCACAUGUGUCUCUCCAGCUCGUUGGGCGAAGACUUGAGGAAGAGAAGAUGCUGGCAAUUGCUGAGUAUAUCAGCUCUACCUCGAGAGAAUUGAAUUCGGCCGCGGUCUAA